AAAACCAUCCAAAAGCCUUCUUCGAUUAACUUCCCUUGUUGUUUCAAAGAAGAGAAGAACUUUUCAGAAGUGCUUUUGCUUCUUCCCUUACUCCCCAACGCCGUUUGCAGAAGUUCGCAUCGAAUUCUAUGCUUCCGUAAUUAAAUUGGUUUAACUGAGCGUUUUGCUUUUUAUCAAACAUCAUCAUGGUGCGGCAAGAAAACUCGUCUGCUUUUGUGAAGAAAUUUUUGUCAGUAAAAGCUCGAAUUCGUUAUGUAAUCCUCCGCGAUGAGGCCCUUACUUUCAUUGCUGUAUUGGUUGUAAGUUACACAUUUAUGGAGAUCGCGGUGUUGGCAAUAAUGAUGGAUUAUCUCACCAAUGCACUUGAAGUGCAGAAUCAACGGAUAGCUGCUAUUGUCACAAAUCUGCAAGAUGCUUUAUCAUCUCUCUUUUUUGUUGUUGUUUCUCUGAUAUCGCAAACAUAUACAGGUUCUUUCACUAUGAUCACAUUUUGCGCUGCAGCUUCCAUCGAGGGUUUAAUGCUAUUAUGGACAUCUACAUCACCUGACCCUUCAGCGUUUGGUGCGGUGUAUGCCGCCAUAGUCUUCCUUGGAAUGGGAAAAAGUGGUCAAAAGCUUUCAGAAAGUUUCCUUGAGUAUCAGUUGGAAGAGAAAAUUAAACCAAAGAAACAAGGCGAAAAAGAUGGAAGCACACAAGACAGAAAUAAGAGAAGCCUCGGCCAUACAAUUUAUAUUAGUAUCUGGUUGUUCGUUCCACUGGUGGUUGGAUAUAUCAUAACAGUUUGUCUUGUCUUCAUCUUCUAUGAUGCAACAUACGCGGACCUAUUUAGAUUUUCUGCACUUCUCAUGGGAGCGACUCAUCUGUUGUUCCUCAUCGGUUCUUUGGGGUAUAGCCGCCAAGAAUUACCCGUUGAAAGCGAUCUAGGCAAGAUCCAUAGAAUCUUCAGCACAGCUUUUGGAAAACUGAGUUCAAAAUAUCCAACCUCAUCGAAUUCUUAUUACUGGAAGGGCUACAAGAAGCAACACACGUAUAAUCGUGGUGAAGGAGUAAGGUUAUUGCCACAAGUUCCUCGGUUAUUCAGGUGGUUGGACAAAGCGGCCAUUGUUAAAGCAGAAGAAGAAGAAGAAGAAGAUUCAAGACAUCGUACAGAGAGUCUUGAGACGCAAGAAAAGAGAAAGAAGAUUUGCACUGUGAAGGACGUGAGAGAUGUUAAAAGUCUUGUUCAUAUGAUUUACCUUGGCCUUACCAUCUUUCCCUAUAGUUUACUCAUUGCCUCUGGGACCACUUUCUUUGUUGCCCAAGCAAGUGCGUUGGUGUUAUAAUAUAUUAUUAUUAUAUUGCAAAAUAUGAAAACGUUGGCAACGUUAAGAUUCUUUCAUAAUUGCCAACGGAAAUUUUUUUUUUUAA